AUGGCCAUCACGGAAAAAGACAAGCUCCUCAUCGUCUUCCCCUCCCCGCUCCCCAACGGCUUCCUCGACACCCUCGCCAAGCGCUUCCCCCAGCUCCGCAUCCGCUGCGAGAUCGCCUCCAUCGGCGGCGACUCCCGCGCCGUAGACGCCCUGCCCGACGACAUCUGGGACGGCGUCACCAUCGCCGCGCUCUUCCGGCCGCCUCGCGCCGACAAGCUCAAGGACGUCAAGUUCGUCCAGCUGGGGUCCGCCGGGUGGGAUGCAUGGCUCGAGCACGACGUCUUCUUGAAUAAGGAUGUGGCUUUUGCCUGCACCAGCGGAGUUCACCCACCUCAGAUGGCUGAGUGGGCAAUCGGUGCCUGGCUCGCCCACACUCAUGAUUUUCAGACCUUUAUGAAGCAAGCAGAGCGCGAGGAAUGGAAAAAGGGCAGCACCAGCCUCGACCAACCCGUCACAGACUCCGUGGGCCUCCGCAUGGGCAUCAUGGGCUACGGCUCAAUCGGCCGCCAAGUCGCCCGUCUCGCCAGCGCCCUCGGCAUGGAGAUAUACGUCCAGACCGCAAACCCCAGACCGACCCCGGAGUCCAGGAAGCUCCACGAGUACAUCGUCCCCGGCACCGGCGACCCGGACGGUCUUAUUCCGGCAAAGUGGUUCUCCGGCUCCGGCCCGGAAGCCGUCAACGAGUUUCUCAGCCAGGACCUCGACGUCGUCGUCCUCAGCCUCCCCAUGAACCCCCAGACCAGACACUGUAUCGGCGCGGAGCAGUUUCAGAUCCUCAGCAAGAAGAAGCCCUAUCUCAUCAACGUCGCCCGAGGCCCCAUCGUCGACACCCCCGCCCUGAUUGAGGCUCUUGAACAGGGGCUCUUGCGCGGAGCUGCUCUCGAUGUCACGGAGCCAGAGCCAUUGCCCACAGGACACCCGCUGUGGAAGGCGCCCAACGUCUUCAUCACCCCACACAUCAGCUGGCGGUCUUACAAGCUGACCCAGAGGAUAGCAGACGUAAUUUUCCAGAACCUUGAGAGAUGGGACAAGGGGGAGCCUCUGCUCAAUGCAAUCAAGAGGUGA